AUUGCUGCUUGGGUCGUUCGGUUCUUCUCUUUCCUCUAUCCCUCUGCCACCUCUCGGGGACCGCGCUGUCGCCGCGUCCCUCUGCAUUUCUUUUUCUUUUCGGCCUUGAACUGAUCCAGGUGGGAGACAGUUCGGCCCGUGGAAAGCCCCGGAAUAGGUAGAGAUAGGCAGGCAGACGCAACAGGUCGGAGCAGGGAGAGAGACCCGCGAACCCUGCGCCUCUGCGCUGGGGACCACUAAGGAGGUGUCGGAUCUUGAGGGCUCAGAAGAGCUGCCCUGGUGGGUUUGAUUUUUAGCUGUGACCCCCGGCGCCACACAACCCCCGACCGGAGGGUCCUCUUUACUCUCAGCUGGAAGGGGAGAAUCAGCAGAAUGGUCCACGGCUGCUGAUCCGGACGCCGAGCCAAUCUCAGGUCCACCCGGGGCUCCGACUCCACCAACUAGUUGUGCAGCCGCAGGGACUGAACUUUGGAGGAAUUGGCCCUUCCUCUCCUUCUAAGAUUAUUGGAGGAGGUAGAGGGUGGAAGGCGUAGCGGAGACUGGCGACCCCGCCACGAUGUUGGUGAAGAAGCUUGCAGGAAAAGGAGGGGGAAGAGAGCCUGGAUCAGAAGAUCCGCGCCCCUUGGGACAGCGUUGUGCCGGCACCAUGGCCUCGUGCGCGGCCCUGGCGACCCUCUUGUCAGUGGUUGCGGUGGUGUUUUGCUUGUAUCUUGGGGUGAAAACCAACGACCUCCAGGCGAGGAUUGCCGCUCUUGAAUCUGCCAAAGGAACCCCUUCCUUUCGUCCGCCGCCUGACACCAUGGAUGAGCUGAAGGCUAUGGUUCAGGAGAAAGUGGAGCGUCUCUUGGCUCAGAAAUCCUAUGAACACAUGGCUAAAAUAAGGAUCGCCAGAGAGGCACCUUCAGAGUGCAACUGCCCGGCAGGUCCUCCGGGGAAACGAGGGAAGAGAGGCCGAAGAGGAGAGUCUGGUCCUCCUGGUCAGCCCGGUCCCCAGGGCCCCCCUGGUCCAAAAGGUGAUAAGGGAGAACAAGGCGAUCAGGGGCCUCGGAUGGUGUUUCCUAAGAUCAAUCAUGGCUUUCUCUCUGCUGAUCAGCAGCUCAUUAAACGGCGGCUGAUUAAGGGUGACCAAGGACAAGCAGGGCCUCCAGGACCCCCAGGUCCUCCUGGUCCAAGAGGCCCACCUGGGGACACAGGAAAGGAUGGCCCCCGAGGGAUGCCAGGAGUACCCGGUGAACCAGGGAAACCAGGAGAACAAGGCUUGAUGGGACCUCUGGGGCCUCCAGGACAAAAGGGUUCCACUGGAGCACCUGGGACCCCAGGCAUGAAUGGGCAGAAGGGUGAGCCUGGAUCACCUGGAGAAGCAGGGCAGAGUGGACUCCCAGGACCAAAGGGGGAACCUGGAAAAGAAGGAGAGAAGGGAGAUGCUGGAGAAAAUGGCCCCAAAGGUGAUGCAGGAGAAAAGGGUGACCCAGGAUCAUCGGCUGCAGGAAUUAAGGGAGAACCUGGAGAAUCUGGUCGUCCAGGACAAAAGGGUGAGCCAGGGCUGCCUGGACUACCUGGACUCCCGGGGAUCAAGGGAGAACCAGGCUUCAUUGGUCCUCAAGGAGAGCCGGGCUUACCAGGGUUACCAGGAACAAAAGGUGAACGUGGAGAGGCAGGGCCUCCUGGAAGAGGCGAACGAGGAGACCCGGGAGCCCCAGGACCAAAGGGGAAACAAGGUGAAUCAGGAGCUAGAGGCCCAAAGGGGUCAAAGGGUGAUCGUGGAGACAAAGGAGACUCUGGAGCUCUGGGACCCCGGGGUCCACCUGGGCAAAAGGGAGAUCCAGGAGCUACUGAGAUCAUAGACUACAAUGGCAACCUCCACGAGGCCUUACAGAGGAUUACCACCUUAACUGUCACGGGCCCCCCUGGACCUCCUGGACCUCAAGGACUACAAGGGCCAAAGGGUGAGCAAGGAUCUCCAGGAAUUCCCGGAGUUGAUGGAGAACAGGGUCUCAAAGGCGCCAAGGGAGAUGUGGGGGACCCAGGGAUGCCAGGUGAAAAAGGAGGCAUUGGACUUCCUGGAUUGCCGGGUGCCAAUGGAGUAAAAGGAGAAAAAGGAGACUCUGGGUUGCCGGGGCCUCAGGGUCCUUCUAUCAUAGGCCCACCAGGCCCGCCAGGUCCCCAUGGCCCACCUGGCCCCAUGGGACCCCACGGACUUCCUGGACCAAAGGGUGAACCAGGGUUAAAUGGUGUUAAAGGAUUGAAGGGUGAACCAGGUCAAAAGGGUGACAGAGGACCCCUUGGUCUUCCAGGAGCAUCUGGCUUAGACGGAAAGCCAGGAUCCCGGGGUGCAGAUGGUCCCAUAGGACCCCAUGGCCCUGCAGGUCCCAAAGGAGAAAGAGGAGAGAAGGGAGCUGUGGGAGAGCCUGGACCCAGAGGACCCUAUGGGCUGCCUGGUAAAAAUGGAGAGCCUGGUCUUGAUGGCUUCCCUGGUCCUCGAGGCGAGAAGGGUGACCUGGGAGAAAAGGGAGAAAAGGGAUUCCGUGGCGUUAAGGGGGAAAAGGGGGAGCCAGGCCAGCCUGGCCUGGAUGGGCUGGAUGCCCCUUGCCAAUUGGGACCUGAUGGAUUACCCAUGCCUGGCUGCUGGCAAAAGUGAUGAAUCUAACCUUCCAAGCAUGAAGUUGUGUAUAUAAUGGUCCACCUGUUAUAUUUAUAGUUGAAAAACUGUGACUCGCAGAUUUUGCAAGUGUGGGAUCUGCUCCCCCGGCACUGUUUCUCCCUGUUCACAGUAGUACAGACGCCCAUCUCUUCUCACAUCUGAAACUAGGCAGUGUACGGAAGUGAGGAGGCCACAGGAAACACAACUCGGUGUCUCUAUUUUAUGUGAACAUACGUAUUUAUAGGGACAUCAGUGACAAAGAAUGACUGUUCUCACUAGUUUCCUAUUAGGAGCUUGUUGAAUGCAUGGACAGAAAGUGCCAUGAAAUAGUUUACAUGAAGUCGUGACCAAAUACGGACUCAAAGCUAUGAACAUGUAGCACACAUUCCCUAGGAACACCCAUUCACGCCCACCCCACCUGCUGAAACCUUCUAAAACCAGCAUGACCCUGUGCCAACCCUGCUCGUGCAAAUGCAGACGCUUGCAUGCCACCUCACAAGUUCUCUGACUACAGCUGAGCCUUUGUUCCUUUUGUCAUCUCAAGGGGGUUACACCGUGGCUCAUUGCCAAAAAGAGAUAAGUUGCUGGAGAACACACACACAGUUGGUCUUAUAUUUUGAGGGAGCUGCAGUCCCGACUGCAGAUCCACAGAUCCUAACAAUGCGGGCUCCUGUGACCGCCUUGGUUGAAAAACCGAAGGGUUGAGUGGAUUACUGCCACUUGUUUUCCUUGGGCUGCACUUGGCAGUGAAGACGUCGGAAGAGGACCCGGUUCGGCAUCCUGCACUGUCUCUCGUGUGACCGAGUUGGAAGGAGAUUUAUAACUAUGGAAAUCCAGAGGGGCAGGAAUUGUUUUUCUAGAUGAACUGACGUCCCAGGGGUGUUGAUCUCGGUGCUUUGGGAAAAAGAGGUAAUGCAGCUGUGUUUCGGAGACAGCGGAGCCUUGGAAUGGAAGCCCCUGUUCGUGCAGAUGGAAAGGUGCAGACUUGCCAUCAGAGCUCAGGCUGCUGAAGAGAGACCGUGUCCUGAGAAGGGAUCGGACAGAAUAAGAUGUGCUUCAAAUGCCAGGGAAUCCUUAGAGCUGGCCCUACCAAAGGUAGCCGGAAAGUGUCCGUCUCUCCCUUUCUUCUGGGGUUGACACACACCAAUCGUUUUUUUUUUUUUUUAACAAGUUCCAGAAACAAACUGUAGUUUCCAUUCUUUCUCAUACUUUUUGUUUUCUUAGGAACAGAAACUAUUUGCUUCACUUUGGGCCUCAUAGGUUUUUAAACGUUAUUUUUAAAAAAAGUUUUCAAAUCGCGUAAUGAUUUGAAUCCAAUAGUAAAAAUAACCUCACCAUCUCCUUGUUUUGUUUAAGAUAAUUGAAGAGAUUAUAGGAAGGCUUCAUUUUUUUAUUUAAUUCAUUAUAAAGUAUGACAAUUAAGCAUUUUUUACUACUUUUUGAUUGAUGUUGACAAAUUUGUUAUCAACGUAAAGUCAAGAUUUUAUCACAUUUGAUAGCGUGAACUUGCUUCUUCUUCUAGGUUUUUCUAUAUUAAAGUUUAUUUCUCGAGUUUUGUUUUUACAUUUCUAAGUGUUUGUCUUAUCCACAGACCAAAUCUGAGAUCUCAGAAAGCCCUGAAAUAUAGUUGCCAGAAAAGGUCUUGUUUUUACUGACUUGCUCAAAACAUACCAAUGCAGACUUAGACUGGACGAUUCCUUGCUGAGUUCGUGGCAUGUUUUGAAAUGACUUAUUCUAAGUGGAAGGGUGGUCUGGAGAAGCACCAUCCGUGGGAGCAGUGAUCCUAGCAGCCCCUUAGAGAAUUUCAUUUCCCUCGGUGAUUGAAUGUCAUUUUUCUGGGAACAUUUUGAGCUCAGUGUUUAGAUUUUCACCACCAGAAGGGAAAUUAGUUCACACUUAGGCUUACAACAAUGGAGAUACAAUUUCAAAACAGAUCUUAAGAUGUCUUUCAUAUCGUGUAACCAAAUGCUCAGUCAUACAAAAUGAUGUCAUCUUUUUUGUUAUUACUGAGAUUAGAAUUUAAAUGUUAGAUCAGACUAUCUAGUAAUACUUCUAAUAACAUUCCACACUCCUAAGCCAAUUCAGCAUUUUUUUUUUUUUUAGUGAAGAGUGUUUCUAACAAUUUCUUGUAUGAUUAUGUUUAGGGUAAGGUAUUUCACAAUAAAUGAAACAAUUCAUCUUAAAUCAUUUGGGUCACAGAAAUGAGCCCAAGAUGACACAUUAUCUUCAGAAACAAAAAACAAAGUAACUGUAUAUAGGAUCUUGAGAACAAUCUGGUGACUAUAUUUCCUCCUAUCUUCCUUUCUGUUUCUUCACUAGAAAGAGGGAUUGAGAGGGAUUAUUAUUUCAAAUUUAGAGAGAUUCUAAUGAUGGUUUUGUUGCUGAACUAGUUUCAUUAAAGUAUUGGACACACCCCCUGUAGAAAAACACUGCACAGCGUGUGUGCCCUGGGGUUUUCCUUGUAAGGCACAUUUGAAGGAAUGUGUGAACUUCUAUUUCUGUACUUCCUUGAAACAAACAACAGGAUGAUGGUAGUUCCCUGUGCUCAGUGGAUUGUUAGGUUACCCGCCAUGAGUUAACCUUGAGCUUUGGACUAUGAAAACAUAUUUACUCAUCCAUUUUGUCAUCUAACCGAGUAAUUUCCAAAGGAAUCAAUAAUGGAUUAUUGUGUUGAUACAUAUGUUUAUAGAUUGCAUUCUUUUUCAUAAAGACUUCUUUAGGGAACUGAAGAAAAAAAGGGUAUGGGACACUCACUGGAAAUACGUCAAGGUCAGGUUUUACUUCAGAGAUGACAGGCGUCUCUGAAGGCUGCCACUGUCAUGUUGCCUCUCUCCACCGUUUUCCAUUAGCCUCGGUUGCUGCUGGGAAAUACCCUUCCUUUUCAUUUCUAUGGCUAGUCGACCUCUGCUGUGGUGAUUUUAUUUCUGUUUAAUGGCAUUCCUACGCUGUUAUUGUGUGGUUUUAUUUUUGAAGUUCAUGAAUCUGUUGUAAUGUAGUUCAAUGACCAGCCUUUCCUCGUGUAAAACAGCCUUCUGUGGUACCCCUUAUCCUGUGUUCAUCAUAUAUACCACAUGCCUUUAUCGGUUUUCAUUUGCCUUUUUUUUUUUUUUGAGUUUCCUCACCUUCCAGCUUACACACUGUAAGCUUGCCUGACACAGUCAGUGCUAUAGAAGUCUACACGCGACACGUAGGGUACCUAAGUAUGCCUGAAUUCCUCCCAGCUUUCCUUUCCCGUUAUCAAAUGCAGCCUUGGAGGCUUUUUCCUUUUCCUGUUAUUUUAUGGAGAAUAUUGGAAUGUCUCUCACCCCUACCAAUAGAAAGUUCUUGGCUUUAGAUUUAUACUCUGAGUGUCUGAUGUGUUCAUGGGCAGUAUACAUAUGUGUCCUUUGUGUGUGUAUCUGCUUUCUUUUUUUUUUUUUUUUUUUUUUGGUUUUUCGAGACAGGGUUUCUCUGUGGUUUUGGAGCCUGUCCUGGAACUAGCUCUUGUAGACCAGGCUGGUCUCGAACUCACAGAGAUCCGCCUGCCUCUGCCUCCCGAGUGCUGGGAUUAAAGGCGUGCGCCACCACCACCCGGCUGAGUGUAUCUGCUUCCUUAAAAAAAUGGUCAGAUCACCAUUCUGUACUUUGGGGGAAAUUGUCCUUAGUAUUUUUGUCACUUAGGAAAUGUGCCUAAUUGCCAAGUAUUCUUUAACAUAACAAAAUAACAUUUUAAUCCCCCUCCCACUAUAUUUGUCUGAGAGUUCAGCGUCUUCUCGAAAGUGGUGAUGGGAAACUUGGAUGCUGACAUCUGAAACUUUGGUUUUCUUCCUUUCGAUGAUAUUCAGAUUAAUGUUUAAUGCCUACCAAAACGUAGAAUUUAAUGAUUUUUAUAAUAAUAACAACAAAAAGUCCUAUCUCAUAAGGUUCCCUGGAGGCUUAUCAUUCCAAAAAUACUAAAAAUGGCCAGCUGUGAUUCCGGUGACUGAGAGGUCUGACCAGUUAAAAUUCCACCAACCUGUGUUCGGAUGUAAAGGCCCUCUGUCCCUACUUCUGUUCUCUUAACGCAUCUUCUCGCCCAGAGGCACUCCUCUAACUUAGGUUGCUGGUGAAAUUAUUUAGGGUUUUGGUUAUUUCUAUAAUAACAAACAUUUUAAUGGCUUCUUUUUUCACUAAAAUGCAUUUACAUGUAUAAGCUGCCUACUCCGCUUAUUGGCAGACUUUUGGAGACAGAGGAUGGACCGUGUUAUGCUUGACUUCUUGACAAAGAAAAUGCCAACAUUUCUCAAAAUAAGUGGAUAUUCUGACAUAUCUCAGAAAUAUUCAUGAGUCGGGUUCCCGAAGAAUAUCACACAUAUUGUUGGUGUUUGGGUGGAGUUCUUCAUUGUGUUGUAAAUGUUUCAUUAAGGUGGACAUUUUAAAAAGAUGUAUGUAUCUGAUUUAUCUUUUGGAAAUAUUAUAUUUUUAUUUGUAUUUUUUACAUUUUAAAGUUCAUCUCUAUGUGCAGCUAUUUUUAUAUUGCCAAAAACUCACAUAAAUGCAUAGUAAGAGGGAAAUGGAAAAAAAUGACAAGUAUUUGUAAGAUGACAAGUGUUGCCUUGUAGGAUUGUUUUUUAAUGUUUCAUGGGCCAGUCUCAUGUUCUCAGUUAUUCUAAUAAUGUAUUGUAUCUUUUCAUUGUAUAUAUGGUGCAAACCUGAUUGUCUUGGUAGUGUAAAUAUUUAAAAGAUUGGAUUUUUCCCAUUUGAUUUCUUAUUUCAAUUGUAAUUUUUUCCAACUGUCAUUACUGACUCAACGGCCUGUGAAGGUUCUGAUUUGCAAUUAGGAGAUAAUUGCUUUGGGUUCAUUUUCUAAUUUGUUUUUAAUUUACUUUUAAAACUUGUUUUCAGGGUUCCUAGUUUGUGAGAAGUUGAUCUUCGGAAUUAUUUUUACACUAUUUAUGACUUAUUUUCAUAAUGUAAAAAGUGUGUAAUUAUUACAAUAUUAACACAGUGAUAAUAAAUUGUAUUGUU